AACACAGUUGAUGCUCUUCCAGGAAAUACUUCCACUUUCAGUUGAAACUACUGAAGCUUGUACAGUUUGCAAAGCUUGAAGAAGAGACAAAUUUUCUUUUCUGGACCUGAGGGCUGUGGCUAAAGCUCUUGAUUGUUUUCUGGACCUGAGGGAUGAAGAAGAUGAUUGCACUAGGCUUUGAGGGUUCAGCCAACAAGAUCGGUGUUGGCAUUGUAACCCUUGAUGGCACCAUCUUGUCAAACCCACGCCACACCUACAUCACUCCUCCUGGACAGGGCUUCCUUCCUCGAGAGACUGCCCAACACCAUCUCCAACACGUGCUUCCUCUCGUCAAAUCUGCACUAGAAACUGCUAAGAUUACCCCUGAUGAAAUUGACUGCCUCUGUUACACCAAGGGUCCUGGUAUGGGUGCUCCUCUCCAGGUUUCUGCUGUGGUUGUCCGUAUGCUUUCCCAGCUGUGGAAGAAGCCAAUUGUUGCUGUAAACCACUGCGUUGCACACAUUGAGAUGGGGAGAGUUGUGACCGGGGCUAAUGAUCCUGUGGUAUUGUAUGUUAGUGGUGGAAACACGCAGGUGAUUGCUUAUAGUGAGGGGCGUUAUCGUAUUUUUGGGGAGACCAUUGAUAUUGCUGUUGGGAACUGUCUGGAUAGGUUUGCUAGGGUUCUAACACUCUCCAAUGAUCCAAGCCCAGGAUACAACAUUGAGCAGCUUGCUAAGAAAGGAGUACAGUUUCUGGAACUGCCUUAUGUUGUCAAAGGAAUGGAUGUUUCAUUUAGUGGGAUACUGAGCUGUAUUGAAGCCACUGCUGUGGAGAAACUCAAAAACAAUGAGUGCACCCCUGCAGAUUUGUGCUACUCCUUGCAGGAAACAGUAUUCGCGAUGCUUGUGGAGAUUACAGAGCGAGCCAUGGCACAUUGUGACAAAAAGGAUGUUCUUAUCGUGGGAGGUGUAGGAUGCAAUGAGCGGUUGCAAGAGAUGAUGAAAAUAAUGUGCUCUGAGCGGGGUGGUCGGCUGUUUGCUACUGAUGACAGGUACUGCAUUGACAAUGGGGCAAUGAUUGCAUACACCGGUCUCCUAGCAUAUGCGCAUGGUAUGACAACACCUCUAGAGGAAUCAACAUUCACUCAGAGGUUCCGCACCGAUGAGGUGCAAGCAAUUUGGAGAGAGAAACUCAAGGAUGAUGAGCCAAGUGUGAACACCACAUAUAAGGAAGGAUAUGUCAUUUCCAGCCAAUAAUUUUUAGAUAUGUAUAUUACAGUUUCUGUUGUUUGAUUGAGAUGUUAGUUUGAUUUAUAUAUAAUGAUUCCUUAUUUAUAGUAGCCAGUGCAGUUC